AUUUGAAGUUACCUAACCAAAUUAUAAAAAUGAAAACGCCAAAAUUAUAUAUUCAUCUUGACCAAAGAAUCCCGUCAUUUUUUCCUGGACAAACAAUAGUCGGACAAGUUGUGCUUAACAAUGAUAAACCAAAGGAGCUUAAGAAUAUCACGAUUACUUUCGAAGGGACAGCCUCCGUCCAUUGGACUGAAAACGUGAAAGAAACAGUGGGGACAGGAAAAUCGAAGCGAACCACCUCUAAAACAAUACAUUUAACAUCCAAGGAAAAUUACUUUAAUGCGAGCAUACUUCUUUUUGGCGGUGACGGAAAGCGAAACAGCAUAACACUUCCAACGGGCACAAUUACAUACCCAUUUCAGUUCACACUUCCGGUCAAUCUGCCCUCCUCUUUUACCGGAAGACAUGGAAUGGUUCACUACUUGAUGGAAGCACGCGUAAAAAGGUCAAAACUCAAGACUGACCUCACGUCCGUCGUCCCUUUCACGGUCAACGGAAUUUUGGACCUCAACUUCGAACCUGGCGUGGCUCAAUCCGUUUGCUACGAAAAACAGAAAAAUAUUUGCUGCCUUUGCUGCAAAAGCGGACCCGUGGGGUACAAGAUUGCCUUGCAAAGGACUGGCUUCGUCCCUGGCGAGUACGUCUCCUUCAACGCCGAGUUUCUGAACUAUUCUCGGAGGAAGAUUAAAGGAGUGACCGUCACGCUGAUCCAAAUUUCAAACUUUUAUGCACAAGGUCGCACCCGAAGUGAACGGAAAAAUAUUUGCUCUGCAACCUGCCCAGAACUGGCACCUGGAGAUUCUGAUUUUUGGGGAGGUGAUAUCCUCAGACUUCCAGCCCUUCCCCCAACCAGGUUGGCGUCGUGCAGAAUUAUUGAUGUACAAUAUAUCGUAAAGUUCGAAAUGGACUUAUCUGGAUUGACGAUGAAUAUGGUGGUCGAAAUUCCAAUCACGAUUGGAACUAUUCCAUUUCGAAACACUUUCAACUUUUUCAUGCCAACGUCUGAAGGACCUUUGUCAUCCCCCGCGGCAACCCUUCCAAUUGCUCCGCUACCCAGCACGUUUAAUCAACUCUCCGUCGAUCAGCUUCCAGGAUACAGUGGAAAUAUGAAAAAUCAGACCGUUUCCGUCCCAUCACCAGCAGCAGCAGGAGGGUCACAAGUUCUGUCAGUCCCUUCAGCCCCCGUUUUUGACAUGUAUCCAGAUCUUCCACCUCCAACAUAUGCCGAAGCCGUGCAGAAUGAAAAGUUUGAGUACAACUUGGACGAAGGGGGUAAUAAUAAUGGGGGCAAUACUAACCUGGGAUUUUCAGGUAAUAAUGGACCUUUGGAUGAUCAGGCAAACGUUGCUGGAACAUCGUCACCUUUGGCAUCCGCACCCCACCCACCUGGAUACGACUACGUUCCAAAUUAUAUCACGUAUGGAUUUUCCAAAGGAAAAUAGGAACAUCAAACACGUACAUAAUUUCUAAUACAAAAUAAGUACUUACCUAAAAUUCAUAACAAUUUUAUUGACUUCGUAUAAUAUGAAGUGAGCUUGUAAGAUAAUGUGGUGUUAUAGUUAUCUCGAUUUAUUUCUAAUGAACAUGCUUCAUGAAAGCAAUAUGAUUUUGUCCGCUUCAGUGAUUUUAGUAAAAAUAAAUACCUGAAACGCA